UGCCGCAAGCCAAGCACAGCUAAGAGCGUCUACGACUUCUACCCUGGGCCUUGCACUCGUUAAAAAGUGGACGUCGGAUGAUAUAAAGCAGCUCUGUGCUGCGAGUGGUAAUGGCAUAUAUCCGGCCUUCGAGACAAUUGCUGAAGUAAGCUCCCAGCAUGGUAUCUGCCUUCAGGUUGGUCAUUGCUGCGAUCUGUAGCCGAACGUUGGUGGCAGCAACAACACCAAUGCCUUUCGACGCUCGCGAGGCGACAAUCGACUCAGUCCACCAUGCACUUUACACCAAGUUAUCGACGUGUCGAGAGGUGGUCUCGGCUUUCAUUGCCCGCAUCGAAGCUCACAACCACCGGACGAACGCCAUCAUCACGUUGAACCCUAAUGCAUUAAAAGCUGCGGACGCUCUCGACGAGCAACUCUUGGCAGGGAAUGCGACCGGAUCUCUUUUCUGCGUUCCUGUGCUACUGAAAGACAACUACGACACCGAAGAUAUGCCAACGACAGGAGCUAGUAUCGCGCUUGCAGAAUCUCAACCGACUGAGGAUGCGCCCAGCGUGACGGCACUCAAGAAUGCAGGAGCUAUCAUUCUAGGCAAGACCAACCUGCAUGAGCUCGCGCUGGAAGGAAUUAGCGUAUCCUCUUUGGGUGGACAAACAAUCAAUCCGUAUGAUGCCACACGAACGCCUGGUGGCAGCUCUGGUGGCACAGGAGCGGCGGUUGCGUCUUCUUUCUGCGUCUUCGGCACUGGCACAGACACUGUCAACUCACUACGUAGCCCUGCAUCGGCCAAUUCGUUGUGUAGCAUUCGUCCUACAAGAGGCCUUGUCACACGCACUGGAAUUUUACCCAUAUCAUACACCCACGACACCAUUGGCCCAAUCGGAAGAUCGGUGAAAGACGUCGCUACGGCUCUGACAGUCAUGGCUUCUACUGGCUAUGAUGCUAAGGACAACGCGACAGCACUUGUUCCCUCAACGAAUCAGAACAUUGACUAUGCGUCGUCACUUUCGAUCGCUAAGCUCAGUGGACUUCGCAUUGGGGUCCUCAAUGGCUUUUUCAACCGUACCGAUUCGGCGGAGGUCACCCCGGUCAAUACCGCCAUGGAUGCGUUGAUGUCCAAGCUAGAGGUGGAGAGCGUCACUUUUGUUCCAAUUGAUGAGACUAUAUACAACGCAACAGCCAUUCAGGCUGCUCUCGACGUUCAGCGCUACGAGUAUCGCGAAUUGAUGGACGAGUAUUUACAGCGUCCUUCGCUUUCCGGUCGACACCCCAAAACGCUCAACGAGCUAUAUUCGCACAAAGCAGUUAAUGGGUCUGGCGGUCAGUUCCUUGUACUGCCGACCCAGUACGAGUAUGUCAACACCGCAUUAGUAUCAUCAACAAGCAACGAGUCAUACAUCCAACGUCAAAGCGGUAUACGCAAUCUAACUCUCGCAUUGCAACAAACCUUCGCUGCAAACACUCUAGACGCUAUCAUCUACCCAGAGCAAAAAAACCUAGUUGUGAAGAUUGGAUCUCCGUCGCAGAGUGGUCGCAACGGCAUUCUAGCAGCGCUUACAGGCGUGCCGGUGGUGACGGUCCCUGUGGGUUUCAGUGAGCCGAGCGAAGACGCACCGAUCGGUGUGCCAAUAGGUAUGGAGAUUAUGGGUAGGCAUUGGGACGAGAAGAAAUUACUGGGCAUUGGAUAUGCAAUCGAGCAAUUGACGAAGAUCAGGAGGCCACCAGUGUGGACGAAGGAGGUCGUGGAGGUAGUACACUACGAAUCUGUACCAGUUGUCAGACCAAACAAGGAGAACGUCAGCCCUGAAUAUCCACUGGGCACUUUGUAGGUAACUUGCUAUACAACCGCCCGCUUUUUGCGAAAGAAAUUGUGGUCUGCGUAGGUCGCACUUAACAGCCCAUGCGCUCGCGGCCACGUCUCGUCUCAAUCCAGCUGUUGGCCUCAGGCACAAAUAAAACUUCACGUAAACACAGCGUACAUCGUAUUCUGCUGAAAAUUGAAAGAGAAUACGCCUGAAGACAAAUUCUCGGAGUAUUUCUCGAACCCACCUGUAUCGACUAGGUAGACCGUUGUCGGUGAGGCGACGAU